AAUAAUUGUAACUCCGUUUUGGAAGCUUCUCCAACAAGGAGUCUUUCCCAUUACUUUGCAGUGUGUUGUUGUUUCAACUGUCUAGUAAACCAACACUUCUUCUUCUUCUUCUUCUUCACACAUUGUUUCAAUAGUUCAUUCAUUUUGAAGAGUGAAUGAGUUAGAGAAAAAUGAGUAGUACUACUACUAGAACACCUAAGGAACACAUUGAAGAAAUACGAAGGAAAAAGUUUUCUAUCGGAGGUGAACAAAACCCUUUAACUGAAGACCUUCAUCAUGCUGUCAAAAAUCUCUCCGCUGAACUUUAUGCUAAAGAUGUUCAUUUCCUCAUGGAACUCAUUCAAAAUGCUGAAGAUAAUCAUUAUAAGGAUGGAGAGAAACCAACACUUGAGUUUGUUAUAACUUCUCAUGACAUUACUGCUACUGCUGCUCCAGCUACAUUACUUGUUUUCAAUAAUGAAAACGGUUUCUCUCCAAAAAACAUUGAGUCCAUUUGUAGUGUUGGACGGUCCACAAAGAAAGACAACAGGAGCAGUGGUUACAUUGGAGAGAAAGGAAUUGGUUUCAAGAGUGUGUUUCUGGUUACUGCUCAUGCUUAUAUUUUCAGUAACGGAUAUCAGAUAAGGUUCAAUGAGAGGCCUUGUCCACAUUGUAAAAUUGGAUAUGUAGUUCCUGAAUGGGUUGAGGAGAAGCCAACCCUUGCCGAUAUAAAGAAGAUAUAUGGUGCUGGUAAAAAGUCCCUUCCAACUACAACAAUUGUCUUACCUCUGAAGCCAGAUAAGGUAAAUCCUGUGAAACAACAGCUCUCAAGCUUUCACCCAGAAGUUUUAUUGUUCCUUUCAAAAAUCAGACACCUUUCUGUCAGAGAAGAUAAUGAG